CAACAAGGCCUAAACAUGUUGAGCCUACUAAAGUUACUAAACUAUGAGAAAGAUGAAAUUUCCGGAGCAAUUUUGGCCGUUUCAGUCCUGAUUAUUUCACUGUUAUGGAUCUUCUUGACCAAGAAAUCAAGAACCAAAAUCGCUCCUCUACCACCAGGUCCUCGAGGAUUACCAAUAAUCGGGUACCUCCCCUUUCUUGGUGCCCAUCUCCACCACACAUUCACAAAAUUGGCACAGAUUCACGGCCCCAUCUACAAGCUCAAGCUCGGGAACAAAUUAGGCGUUGUGAUUAGCUCGCCAUCACUCGCAAAAGAAGUGGUUCGUGCCCAAGACUCGAUCUUUGCGAACCGAGACCCACCAAUCUCAGCAAUAGUGGCAGUCUUUGGUGGAAACGACAUUGCCUGGUUACCGAACGGUCCAGAUUGGAGAAAGAUGCGCAAGGUGUUUGUGGGAGAGAUGUUGAGCAAUACAAGUCUUGACGCUUGUUACAGUUUGAGAAAACAAGAGGUGGAGAAGAGUAUCAAUAAUGUUCAUGACAAAGCAGGUGAGUGUCUGGAUUUUGGUGAAUUGGCUUUUGUAACUUUAAUUAAUACUAUGACGAAGAUGCUGUGGGGAGGAGCAUUACAAGGAGAGGAGUGGACUAAACUCACAGCGGAGUUUCGGGAGGCUAUGGCGGAACUCAUGGUGAUAAUGGGGAAGCCAAAUGUUUCCGAUUUCUUUUCGGUUCUUGCAAGAUUUGAUUUGCAGGGUGUAGAGAAGAAAGCGAGAAAGUUAGGGUUUUGGAUUGAAGAAAUUAUUGAUUCUAUAAUCAAGCAACACAGGAGCUCCAAUAUUGCAGUGAAAGAAGAUGGAUCAGGAGAUAAGAAAGGAAGAGAUUUCUUGCAACUGGUGCUAGAGCUUCAAGAAAGUGACGAUCCUGCUAAAUCAAUUACCAUGAACCAAGCUAAGGGCUUGCUCAUAGACGUUGUGAAUGGUGGAACAGACACAACAUCAACCAUGGUUGAGUGGGCAAUGGCAGAGAUAAUGAUGAAUCCAGAGAUAAUGAAAAAAGUCCAGCAGGAAUUGGAUCAAGUCGUUGGUGUGAACAACUAUGUUGAAGAGUUCCACUUGCCUAAACUGCACUAUUUGGAUGCUGUAGUGAAGGAAGCAAGUCGCUUGCACCCUACACUACCAAUGCUAGUACCACGUUGUCCAAGCUCGUCUGCCACAAUUGGUGGAUUCACCAUUCCAAAGGGUACUCAAGUUUUCUUGAACAUUUGGGCUAUCCACAGAGACCCUGAACUUUGGGACAACCCCUUAGAAUUUAGGCCUGAGAGAUUUCUGAAUGGUGAAGACUGCAAAUUAGAUUUCUCUGGUAAUAAUUUUAAGUAUCUUCCGUUCGGUUCGGGGAGGAGGAUUUGUGCGGGGAUUCCUUUAGCAGAGAAGAUGCUGAUGCAUUUGCUGGCAUCAUUGUUGCAUACUUUUGACUGGAAGUUACCGCCAGGAGAAGAGCUAGAAUUAUCAGAAAAAUCUGGGAUUGUUGUCAAGAAGGCGAAGCCUUUGAUUGUUAUUCCAACACCGCGGCUUCACAAUCCAGAGUAUUAAGUUUCCAAGACUAUCAUAGCUAUUUUGUAUGCUGCUAUCCUUUAUCUUUUUAUCUUGUGCCCUGAAAUUCUUGUUGAUCCCUUAUACCUGGUUUCUACAAGACUAAAACAAUAAAAACAUCAACAAUAUGCUCACACUCACAUCUGGUCUCAAUUUAUUGCCUGCCCACCGUGUGUGCUCGCAGCUCGCGCAAUCAACUCUCUGGUCUACUCGAUUUCACACCGUUGGCAGCAUAAUUUCAAGAUGUACAACGAACCAGUCAAAGAAUGACAUUCUCACUCAAGUUGUGAAUGACAGAUGAAGUUGGGAGGAAAAAAAAAACUGCAGCAAAAAAGAUAACCGAUUUUUGUUCAUGGUUUGUUGUUGUAGUUGUUGGUUCAAAGCUUCACGAUGACUGUAAUGAUUCUUUUGUCAUGCUUGUUCAAACUCAUUGAUGGUUUGGUUUCAAAUCACGCAAGCGUGAGAGUGGAUUUGGUUUGA